GAAGUAAAUCCUACAUGGAGCGACGAGAAACUCUUUCAAGAAGCACGAAGGAUUGUUAUCGCGCAAAUUCAGCACAUUACCUAUAACGAAUUCGUACCUAUCAUAGUUGGUAAGGAUAACCUACGGAGAUACUCGUUGGAUUUGCAAACAAACGGAUACGACAGUCGGUACGAUAUGAAAAUCGAUAGUUCAACGCUGAACGUGUUUGCAUCAGUUGUAGGACAAUUUUUUCUUGCUCUUUUCCCUGAUCAUAUCUCAUUAACUGAUAGUUUCGGGAAUCACAAGCGAGAUGAACCCUUAGGAAAGGUCUUCAAUGAGCCUUCCUUUAUCUAUCAAAGGAAUCGCUUUGAUGCCGUUUUGCGAUUUUUGACACAAACACCAAUUAUGAAGCCUGGAUUACACCUCACUCCAGAAUUGAAGAAUGCCUUUAAAAAAGGUUUUGAACUUUCGCUACGCUCCGCUAUAUUGAUUGAACAUUAUGAGACAAUUUGGGCAUGGCAUCGACAUGGCCGCCUUUCUUAUCCAAAUGGGCAGAGACCAUGGUAUUCCCAGCUACUUGCAGUGGAGGCGAUAUUGCAAUCUGGACAAUGCUCAGUCUUGGUUACUGAUUUACUAGAUUUUUUUGAGUUUGAGAAAAUGAAGAAUGCUGGUCGUUACAGCGAUACAACUGAUUUGAGAAUCAAUGCUCAUAAGUAUUCGAUGUCAGCUGGAUGUCAUACCCGUUACCUGCUUCAGUUCCUCCCAUCUAUCAACGCAUCUCUGCUCGAACAGUUCUAUGAAUCGCCUGAAGAUGUGGACUUGAUUGUUGGAGGACUUGCUGAGACUCCAUCGCGUGGAGCCCUUCUUGGGCCCACUCUUUCUUGCCUAUUCGCUGAGCAGAUGCAAAAGACUAAACGGGGCGACCGAUUCUGGUACGAGAACUUCUUCUAUCCAUCUUCUUUCUCAACUACUCAACUUGAGGAAAUUCGAAAGACAACAUUAGCUAGGGUGAUUUGUGAUAAUGCAGAUGAUAUUCGGUAUAUACAGCACAACGCUUUCAACCUUCAAGAUGACUACGGAAAUUGCCCAGUAAGCUGCAAUUCGCCCAUCAUUGACUCCAUCAACUUCUCUGUAUGGAAAGACGAGGAGCCGAAGCGUGCAUUGCCUAUUACGAAAGCUACCGUGGAAAAAGCGAUCCGACUAGGAAUAGAACAGUACAAUAGGCUUCAGGAAUCAGAGGGACGUAAUAUUCGAGCCCAAGGACCACCACCCUCCAGUAGCUCCCAGUCGGCGGUUUUCUCGCAUGCUUCGUUGAUGGCACCUAAGCGGGAGUCGCUCGACAUCGCGCGAGUCGCAGGAGUUCUCAGGGAAGCGACGAAGGUUCUAGUGCAUGGGUAG